AUGGAUUCAAAAAAAGAGUAUGAUUCUGAGGAAGAGGAUUUAUUAGCACAACAAAUUUACUAUAAAUCAUUGGAAGAGGGUGAAAAGGCUGCAGCAACUGUUAUUUCAUCGAACAAGAGGCCUAGACAAAAAAAUAUUGAAGUUAUAGAAAAAUUUGAAGAAACAAGUGAUAAUUUGAUAGAGAAUACUCUUGAAAGUAUUCCUCCAUUGCCUCUUGAAGGUGUAACAGAAAAAUACAUGGGAUAUUUUUUGUUUCCUGAAAAAUGUGAUCCUUUCAAAGUUGACGGAAAUAUAGAUGAAACAGAGGAUGUCUUUUCAAAUUUAACUAAAGAAAGUCUUAUAGCUGAUUAUAAAAACAAGUCUUCUCGUAAAUUUGUUCCUAAAAAAAAUAUUGAGACAAAAGAUAAUAUACCUCAUUCAAAUUUGAAAGAUGAAACAUCAGAUGAAAAAGAAAUAAUAGAAGAGGAAAUAAUUAAAAAGUUAGAAGUUAUGAAUCCAGAUGAUAUUCUCCAGGGAAAAAUAACUGACAGAACUCGUAUUGCUUUUGAUCCUGUUGCAUCAAAUUUUGAAAUGCAAAUGAUAAAUGCUAUCAAACCAAGAAUUGAAAGAACAGUAAGUGAAAUGUUUAAUAGUUUAGGAGUUAAACCAUUAGAAGAAUAUUCUACUGAUAAAUUAUAUAUUGAAGCAAUUAAAAGAAGAAAAGAAAUAUUAAAUAUUUACUUCAAAAACAACAUGGAGCAACAAUCUGUUUAUACUAAAUUAAUUAUGCAAGAUGGCAUUAAUAUUCAUAUUGAUGCCAGUUGGUGUAUAACACCACUACUUAAAAUUGUUGAUGAAAAUAGACAUAAAAAUACUAUUGAAGCUAAUGUAAUUAGAAAUAUUGAAAAUAUAUUGUUAUUCACCUAUCUUCUUUUUACAGAACGUACUUAUUAUUUUUAUUUACGUUUUUCUGUAUCUGUAUCUCUUGAAAGUAAUAUAAUAUCUGAUUUUAUGGAAAAAAUGUUAUAUAAAUAUGUUUUACCAGAAGCAACAUUAAAUAAAUUUCAAAUAACAAAAGAUACUCAAAUUAAUGGUGUUGAAUCAAUCCCUGAAUAUUUGAUGCAAUUAUGUCAAUCUUUUGAAGAUAAAGCCUUAGGAGAUGUCAUCUUUACAAAAUAUUUACUUUUAUUUAGUUAUUUAAACUUAGAUACAAAGAUUAUGACAUAUGCUGUCAGUCAACUUUGGGACAUUAAUAAAAGUGUUGUGAGGCAAAUUAUUUUAAAAAACAAAGAUUACCCAGAAUUAAUAUGCUACUUAGAAAAAAGAAGAAUCAAAAAUGAAAGUAUAUUGGCUGAAGAGCAAUGUCCAUUAGAAUAUGGUAAAUUAUUAACUUGUUAUGCAAUAUCUUUAGGAAAAGAAAUAGUCACAGAACGUAGAUCUUCCUUAUUAUAUAAAAUUGCUGUUAAUGAAUUGAAAGACUUUUUUAGUAGACAUGAAAAUAUUAAAGUGGGUGACAAAAAUUACAUCCCAGAAUGGCAUGAAUUAAUUAAAAGACUAAGAGUAAUGUUGGAACCAGUAAAAGAAUUUAAUUAA